AGAAGCAACCUGGCCGGAGUGCAGCACGUCCUGCUGGUGCUCUCGGGAAAGGGCGGCGUGGGGAAGAGCACCGUGGCCACCGAGCUGGCCCUGGCCCUGCGACUCGCGGGCAAGAGGGUGGGGAUCCUGGACGUGGACCUGUGCGGGCCCAGCAUUCCCCGCAUGUUCCGGGUGCAGGACAGCGCCGUGCACCAGUGCGACAGCGGCUGGGUGCCCGUCUUCGCCCACCAAGACAAGAGCAUCUCGCUCAUGUCCAUCGGCUUCCUGCUGGAAAAGCCAGAUGAUGCUGUGGUGUGGAGAGGACCCAAGAAAAACGCUUUGAUAAAACAGUUUGUCUCUGAUGUGGCCUGGGGGGAACUGGACUUCCUCAUUGUGGACACUCCUCCGGGCACCUCCGAUGAGCACAUCUCCACAGUGGAGGCUUUGCGGCCGCACAAGCCCCUAGGAGCAAUCCUGGUCACGACGCCUCAGGCAGUGUCUGUGGGGGACGUGAGGCGAGAACUGACCUUCUGUAAGAAGACGGGCUUGCGAGUUCUCGGCAUCAUAGAAAACAUGAGUGGUUUCAUCUGCCCGCACUGCUCGGAGUGCACAAACAUCUUUUCCAAAGGGGGAGGCGAGGAGCUGGCAAAGCACGCCGGAGUCCCUUUCCUCGGCUCUGUGCCCCUGGAUCCACAGCUCAGCCAGAGCUUGGAGGAUGGCAGAGACUUCAUCCAAGAGUUUCCUAAGAGCUCUGCCUUCCCUGCCCUGGCCCACAUUGCCCAGCAGAUCUUGGAUGGGACAUCCCCGCGAAGCUCCUGACAGGGGUUUUGAGUUGGACUCUUGCUGGCUGAGAUCCCUCCUAGCAACCCCAG